GCUGGGUCUUCCUUCCUAUCCUCCACCUUCCGCGCGUCGGACGGCCCAUAUGAGGCCCAGCACGCAAUGUCGGCCCGUGCUUGACAUCCAGCACACUGCACACAGCAGAGGCAUCCGGUGCACUUCUCCAUGGACGCCGCCGGCACGCGCGGCCGAGACCCCACCGCCGACCCCUCCUCCCGGUACUUCGUCGACGCCGCCCACCCGUACGCCUCCGCUGCCGCCACCGCGCUCACCUCCCACCGCGCCAAGUCCAAGUGGUCCCACCUCUUCUCGAUCCCCGUCCCCUCCCCGCUCCCUGCCUCCGCCGCCGCCGCCGUGCUCCUCCUCCUCCGCCGCCGCCCGCACACCGCGCUCCGCUUCCACGCCUUCGCACUCCCCCGCCUCCUCCCCUCCCACUCCCCUCCCCCUCUCGUCCUCUCCGCCUCCGCCGCCCACGUCGCGGCCGCCUCCCGCCUCCGGGGCGCUGCCCUCGCCGUCCUCGCCUCCGCCUCCCGCCACUACUCGCCGGCCCAAAUCUUCAAUGCCCUGGCCGCCACCUACCGCCGCUUUGCCUCCGCUCCAUUUGUCUUCGACCUCCUCCUCCUAGCCUACCUCCGCUCCCGCCGCGACGCCCUCGCCGCGGCCUCCGUCGCCCGCCGCAUCCUCGCCGCCGGCGGCCGGCCGCUCCCCACCACCGCCGCUGCUCUUCUUCGCUCCCUUCCCUCCUCCGCCGCGGCGCUCGACAUGUACCAUCAAAUUUACACGCAUUCAACUCCACAGAGCAACCAUCUGCUCCUGCCGACAGUUCACACCUUCAAUUCCCUUCUCCUCGCCUUCUACCGUGAGGGCAAGUGCAAUGAAUUCAAGAUUGUGCUCCAGGAAAUGGGCAAAUAUUCCUGCAAGCACAAUGUCUGCACCUACAGCAUUAGGAUGGCUGAGUACUGCGAUUGCAGAGAUGUGGAGAAGGCACGAGGACUGUGGGAUGAGAUGAUUCAGGAAGGGAUCCAGCCUGAUGUAACUGCAUACAACACGAUCAUUGGUGGCAAUUGCCGUGCUGGGGAGGUAGGAAUGGCAGAGGAGAUGUUUAAAAAUAUGGAGAUGGGUGGAAUCGAUCCAAGUGCCACGACAUUCGAAUGGUUGGUUAGGGGGCAUUGUAUGGCAGGGGAUGUUGAGGCGGCGAUGCUUGUCCAUGUAGACAUGAGGAGGAGGGGGUUUGGGUUGGCAUCAGAGGUUGUUGAGGAAUUGCUGGAUGCAUUAUGUCAAAAUGGUAGGGUUCAGGAUGGCUUGGGUGUUUUGCGGGAGGAAAUGAGGAGGGAAGAGUUUGUGCCGACUUGGAGGAGUUAUGAGGUGUUGAUAAAGGGGUUCUGUGAUGAAGGGGAGGUAGAGGUGGCGAUGAGACUCCAGGCAGAGAUGGCUGGAAAAGGAUUCAAUGCUGGUAGUGAGGUGUACCAUGCAUUUAUUCGUGCCUAUGAGAAGUCUCAAGACUAUGAGAUGGUGGAGAAGUUGAGGAAAGAAAUGUUGGUGAUGUGCACUUAGGAUUGUGAUAGUUCGCUUGGAUAUUACAAAGUGAUGUAUGGAUUUCAACAUCAACUUAUUGCAGUAGAGAACUCAGACAGCACAAUGGAAGGUUGGGACAAGCAGCAUUUAUUUUCUGGGUAAAUCCUUCUGCGAAAACUUGGUCAGAGGGCUUGUCGUGGCAUUGAAGACGAGGCAGGUGAGAGCAUUCGACAUGCUCCACUUUCAAGUAAACCUGUGGUCUUCAUGGAAAUACCAAUUCAACUCCUUGUAGGCGGUCAUGAUGUAAUCACUCAAUCUGUCCCACGUCCUGCAGCAGUCGGGGAGGUGAAGAUGCUUACACUGAUAGCACCGUGGCUGUGUCCUGCCUAGAGUUGUUGUUUGGAGUCCUGCUGCUGCGCUUGGUGAAGGUGCUCUAUCAGACUGACACCUACAAGGCGAUCCCUUACCAUGGAGCAACGUCCCAAUCUUGUCAUAAGCACCUGCACCGCCUUCUACCUAGGUCCGCUACUCUCUGCACCCCUUCAGGGCCAUGCCGCUGCUUGGACCAUGUGGGCAUCUCUGGUAGUGUCAUCAAAUGGAUUCGCAGCACUGCAGUCUUUGAGCCUUUUGAUGAUCGUGUGUUGUGUGCACUUCAAUCAUGUCUUUGUUGACGGAGUAAAUCACACUGUUAGCAUGCUCUAUAUCCACCUUAGCUGUUGGCACAAACGAGGAUCUUGUAUGCCAUCCUCGAUCCUAUCUUGAUCCAAGUUGACCAAUGCAGUAGACCAGUAGUUGUCAGCAAGCCUGCCUGCUUCGACUUCUAUGCCCACUUUGCAGUUGGAUGGUCGCUAAAACAUAUACAACAUUGAAAUCAGGCUGUAUACCUUCCAUGCACGCUGAGAGCUGCAGCGGAAUAUAGCCCUUGAAGGCGCUGAACAGGAUUCUUGAGGAAGCUUGUGGCCCACUCAAUUAUGCUGUAUUGCUACACCUUACUGAUUGACCUUACUGUGAGUUUCGACUGCUGGGCCGUGUUCCUAUUAGAGAUGAGGAGGAGAGGCAAGAGAAAUGUAGCUGCGGUGGGGCCCACAUCCUUCAAAAGGGGUACGAUGGUGUUUUCGCAUCCUUCAAAAGGGGUACGAUGGUGUUUUCGCAUGCCAUUUAACGGCGGAUGGAUGGAAAAAUAAACGGAGUGUUAAAUUAAAGAUGAAAGUUGAAAUUGUGGCUAUAUAGGGAACUGGGAACGGUGACUUUAGUGGUGUCAAAUAGAGGAUUUUCUCUUUAAGAAAAACUGUUGAGCCGUGGUUCUUGAUGCGCGUUGAGGAUCUGUAUGGAAAGAAUUCAGGCCAGAGGGCCUUUGUUUC